UUGUCUUCUGGUCCGAGUUCUACUUGCCCUCUGAUUUAUAGUAAGACAGGCAGUAGUGUCAAAUGCGGGGAUAUUCACCCUGAUUUUAUUCCAUGUAAAAUGGACGGUCUAGGAGUGCCAUACACAGAGGUAUUCAUCCUGGUUUUAUUCCCUCUAAGAUGGACAGGUCAGGAGUGUCUAACACAGGGGUAUCUAUCCUGUUAUCCAUCCUGUUUUUUUUCCCCUGUAAGAUGGACAGGCCAGGAGUGUCAGACACAGGGAUAUCCAUCCUGUUAUCCAUCCUGGUUUAAUUCCCUGUAAGAUGGGUGUCAAACACAGGGAUAUCCAUCCUGGUUUUAUUCCGUGUAAGAUAGACAGGCCAGGAGUGUCAAGCACAGGGAUGUCCAUCCUGUUAUCCAUCCUCAUUUUCUUCCCUCUAAGAUGGAUGGGCCAGGAGUGUCAAACACAGGGAUGUCCAUCCUGAUGCCUUCCCGCACUAAGCAUUUAAGCUCAGUUUGGCAUCUUGAGUGCUGAGCUCUUGGCAGGUGUUUCUGUACCGACAAUAAUUUCAGGAGAGUAACCAUUCUGACAGGCCAUGCAAAAUAAACACUGCAGGAUCUCAGCCCUGCUAAUUUGCAGCAAUUCGUGGAGAAAAGCCAGCAUACAGCAUUUGCUGACAAGAUUUAUCUCUCCAAUUGAUUGCAGUUAACAUCAUGCUUCCCUUAGGCAGAUGAGGAUUAUAGAGAUCUGCCUUCAAGAAGGAAGGCAUUUGCUAAUUGCAUUCAUUAAUUACAUGGACUCUGUUGAAUGACAUUCUCCAGUGUGGAAAAAUGCAAAAUGUUUGAUCGUCUCUAUUUAUUUGUAAUAGAAACAUAAAGCCUUUAGCCAAUGAUGUAAACAAAGAUUUAGUGGGAGUAUCAGCCUAAAAAGCAAAGUGUGAAGUUCACAGCUUAACGUUUUAGUAAGUGAUGAAACUAAAGCCAGUACUUAAAGCAGAGGCCAGCACACAACAAAAAUACAGUUAAAUACAUAUUAAUUUUAUUCUAAAGAUACAGACAAAUAAAGAAAAACUGAUCUAAUGAAUUACAAAGUGUUAAGACUGUUUCACUGACAUAUUCUUCCUGUUGUCCCUUUGUCUAGUUUUAAGGAUAACCUGCAUAGCUUGAAGUUGUCCAUGAUUCUUUUGUUGUGAAAAAUUGUUGGGGCUGGGAUGAAAGUUGUUUUUCUUCAUGCAUUAUUCUGCUGGUUUGCAAAAACCACGACAGAAGAGAGAAAACAAUUACAAAACAAUGAGUUCAGUUUCUUGUUUGUUUGUACUUGCAGUCUUGCUGUUGUGGAAGCACAGGCCUGAAAUGCUUCUCUGGUUGUCAGUUCCAGGUGAUGUUCAAAAGCAUUCCCCUGAAGCAAGGAAGUCUGAGUUAUUGAAAAGAAACUAGAGAGCAAGGCCCCUUCUUGCUGAGUGUAUUGCAGGAUCAGCACAGGAAAGGCCCAGGGUCUGUAAGAGAAGGUGGGUGAGGAAAGUUAGGUGAUAAAGUGCUGAGAGGCUCUUCCUUUGCCUCUCAGUGCAGUACUGUGGCUCUCCACUCUCCGUGCUUUUGAUUCUUAAAUGAAUCUGAACUCUGACACACCAAUAUUUCAUUCUUCUUCAUUACCUGUGUGAAGUGUACUACACACCGUGAGUGGUGUGACAAGGCCAUCCAGUCCAAAUGUAUCACCUUUGAAAAAUUAAUUUAAAUGUGUUGGAUUCAGACAGCUUGGAGCAUGUUCAUAUAGUGUCUCACAGUGGGCUACAGGGAUGGAGGUCUGCUUUCUUCUACAACUGACAGCAUCCACAUGAGACUGUUGCACCAUAAGACUAACCAAUCCUUUUAAAUACUGGCUGAAAUGCAAUGAAUUAGGACUACUCUGGUUAAGAUAAGAUUUGGGGAUUUUUUCUAUUUGUCAAUUUUGGAGCCGGCAGAUUGAUAAAUCUUAGGGAGAGAAGGGAAUUCCUUUAAUUGCUUGCCUUUAAAAAAAGCUUUUGAUCAUCACCAUUCAUCACCAUUAUAAAACUGGUAAUUGAUGGUGUCUCUUCAAACAUCCUACUGAUAACCACUGCUAUGUCCACAGGCCCUGCAACGCCAGAGUCUUCCUGCAAAAUCUGAAGAUUCAGUGGAAGAACACUAAAUGGAGUAGAUUUCUGUGUGUAUACUUUCAGGGCAGAGGGAGUUGUUAAAAGGUUGCACAUUCCAUUUUUAGCUCUAUAGGCUGUCCCACUAACUGGUUGUUUCUCAUUGGAUAAGUUAAGAGUACUCUUCUGACUGGGUGUCUUGAUAGCUUCUUCUUUGAAUACCACUUCUUUCAGACUUAUGACUGGGCAGGGGCAAGGCACAAGAGCACAGGGAUCUAUCUCCUCUUCUUGAAGUCCCUGGUGGUGCAAAGCCUUGAAGUCACUGAAGAAACAUCACUUACAUAGCAUUUUUCUCCUUUCAGGAAUUGCCAUCCAUCACUAUGAAAAACAACAUCCUGUGAGUUCGUUUCAAACUUUCUUCAGAUAAGUUGUGCUCUGAGCUCUGCUGAGGAAAGCUGAUGUCCUUGGGGAAGCAUGGCCUUCCGUGGCUGGAACUGGCUCCUCCUCUUGGGCAGGCAGAACACCCUUGCCAAGGUGUGGAGAAGCAGGAGAGGAGGCCCCUCUCUGUGCUGGCAGCGCUGCUGCCACUGGAGCUCAGGCAAGCAUCUGGACCCUGAGGUGAGAGCAUUUUUGGAGGAGAACACCGAGGUCACCAACAGCGGGCACCUCACCCCAGAGAUCCGGCUGCGCCUCCUCACCCCCCGCUGCAGGUUCUGGAGAGAAAAGCCUGACCUGUGGCCUUAUGGGGACCCAUUCUGGGCAAUUUACUGGCCAGGAGGCCAAGCCCUCUCCAGGUAUAUUUUAGAUAAUCCACGUGUGGUUAAAGGGCGAUCGGUUCUGGAUCUUGGAAGUGGAUGUGGAGCAACAGCAAUAGCUGCUGUGAUGAGUGGUGCAUCCCAAGUCCUUGCCAAUGACAUUGACCCUAUUGCAGGAAUGGCAAUGAUCUUGAACUGUGAACUGAACCACCUGAAUCCCUUCCCCAUCACCAUUAAGAAUAUCAUUAAUUCAGAGGCUGGCAACUGGGACCUCAUAGUUCUAGGAGAUAUGUUUUAUGAUGAACAACUUGCUGAUGGUCUGCAUCACUGGCUGCAGAAGUGCAUCAGGAUUCACCAGACUGAAGUGCUGAUUGGUGACCCUGGCAGGCAUCAGUUUUUAAGCCACAGCAUUCACAGUCAGCUGCACAAAGUUAUAGAAUAUUCACUGCCUGAGUCUACGAGACAAGAAAACUACGGGCUAACAUCAAGUAUUGUCUGGAGCUAUCAGCCCUCAAACAGCUUAGAUGAUUCUUGAAGCUGCCUUUCUAUGGGAUUUUGUCUCACUUGAUUGGCUUUUUGCAGGUAUAUAACAUGAAAAUGGGAAUUAAAGAGGGAACAUUAUCUGUUAAAGUAAAGCAGCUUACUGUACCUUCACUGGACUGAUUCAAUCAUACUCACUGAGGCUUUUGCUCAAUUUGAUGUAAAAGCUACAUGCAAACUGUAUUCAAAGGGUCCUGCACUGAAGUGCAGAUCUACAGACAACUUACAUGUAGGGGUUUGCAUGCUUGAUGUUUCCCAUGUGUAUUUGUGUCCUGCUGCCAUUACUGUGAAAUGUUUUGGAUGUCCAGCAUACUGCUGUGGGGAGAGGGCUGUGGCUGAAGGACUACUGCACUGCUUCUACAGGCUUCUGCAGCUUAUUUAUAGAGAAUUUCUAAAUAUAGAAAAUUAUUGCUGUCCUCCAUAAAAUUCUUCACUAGAUUUUUAGCUCAUAAUAUGCUCAACUUGAAGUGCCUUGCUCUUUUUCUAGGUAUCUCUUCUGAAUGUCAAAGUAACUAAUUUAAAUCUCCCCCUUUCCAUCUGUAAUAAAAAUUUCCUCUUCCUUGAAACUGACAGUGUGAUAAUGUAGGAGUUGCACCCAAAUCUAAACUCUGCUUCUUGACUGCCAGCCAGUGUAAAAGCUGUAAUAAAUGGAAAUUGAAUAAAUA